AUGGGCCAAAGGUUGAUUCCUUUUGAGACAGUCUCAGAAUGGGCCAAAGGUUCAUUCCUUUUGGGACAGUCUCAGAAUGGGCCAAACCCUGAGUUCCCUCAGUCACGAGUGGUAACACGCACCUGGGCUUAUUCAAAUUUCAAUAGUACAUGGAUUUCGAAACCAAUUAGAAUCGACACGGCUGAACGUACAGGGUUCAUUCCUUUUGGGACAGUCUCAGAAUGGGCCAAAGGUUCAUUCCUUUUGGGACAGUCUCAGAAUGGGCCAAAAAUCGACACGGCGGAACGUACAGGGUUGAUUCCUUUUGAGACAGUCUCAGAAUGGGCCAAAGGUUCAUUCCCUUUGAGGACAGUCUCAGAAUGCGCCAAAAGGUUCAUUCCUUUUGGGACAGUCUCAGAAUGGGCCAAAGGUUCAUUCCUUUUGGGACAGUCUCAGAAUGGGCCAAAAAUCGACACGGCGGAACGUACAGGGUUGAUUCCUUUUGAGACAGUCUCAGAAUGGGCCAAAGUAGGUGCCUGA